AUGUCAUCCUGUGAUGAUGAUGAGGGACAAGACAGUGGAAGAAUUUGGAUCAAGAAAUGUGUUAGUGCAGAGAAAAAAGAUACAGCAAUAAAGUAUGUAAGUUUGAUAAUUCUUGUGGUUCAAAACGCAUCACAAGUGCUAGUUAUGCGGUAUGUGCGGACCCGACCGCGUGAAAUGUUCCUCUCGACAGUGGCAAUUUUUUUCGCAGAAGUUGUCAAACUGAUCGUUUGCAUCUUGUUCCUUACUAUUCAGGAAAAGAGCUUGAUAAGAUGUUUGAAAGUAAUGUAUGAGGACAUAAUCAAACAGCCGAUUGAUACUUUGAAGGUAUGCGUGCCAGCUGUGAUAUACGUUAUUCAAAACAAUCUGCUUUAUGUUGCUGUAUCUAAUUUACCUGCAGCAACUUAUAUGGUGACUUAUCAGCUUAAGAUUCUUACAACAGCACUUUUUACUGUCACCAUCCUUCGAAGACGUCUUUCACUGCUCCAGUGGCUGGCACUUGUUUUGCUUUUUGGAGGAAUUGCGUUGGUUCAGCUGGAUGAUCAAAGAGCCAAUGCUAAUAAGGUAGUGAAAGAAAAUAUAACAUCUAUCCGAGAUGACAGUUCCAAAACUGCAAAACUGGAAACACCUUAUAAACAUAUUGUGGAACAAAAUCCCAUCAGUGGCUUCGCUGCUGUUUUAGUUGCUUGUAUUUUAUCGGGAUUUUCUGGCAUAUAUUUGGAGAAAAUAUUGAAAGACUCGGAUGUAGCAGUAUGGAUACGAAAUGUGCAACUUGCGAUUAUCUCACUCCCAGUUGCUUUGGCUAAUGUUUUCAUACAGGAUAGAAGGAAGGUGCUAGAACGGGGUAUGUUGGUUGGUUUUGAUAUUGUGGUAUGGUGUCUGAUAAUUCUGUCGUCUAUCGGUGGUAUCACUGUUGCUGUUGUCAUAAAAUAUGCCGAUAAUAUUCUGAAGGCAUUUGCCGCAUCCAUUGCCAUCAUUGUAGCUUGCAUCGCAUCUGCAUUGCUUUUUCAAUUUCGUCCAGCUGUUCUGUUUCUUGUUGGUAGUGUAUUUGUCAUUGGAGCUAUUUUCAUGUAUAGUUUGUUUCCUUAUAAGAAGAAAUAUCAGCAAACGCCGACUGAGCCUUUAUAUGCAACUCAGCAGAAAGAUGAAACAGCAGCUGUCUGA